AUGGCAGGAGGUCGAAAAGACGAAGAAGACAACGACAGCAUGGACUACGAAGAACAGGAAGACAAAGAUUAUUAUGUUCCUAAUGUAAUGACAACAGGGGCAGGGCUAUCACAGGCUCUAUAUCCCCAUGAAAAUGAAGAACUUUUAGGUGACGAUUCUGAAAAGAAAAACAAGAAAAGGAAAGGCAAGGAUGGUGAAAAGAAAAAGAAAAGAAAGUCAAAGAAAAAAAAGGAUGCUGAAUUUGAAAUACAACAAGAUAGUGGUGCAGAAGGUUCUGAUGGUGGUGGAGAAAUAGCUACACCAGAACCAGUUAAAAAAGAACGGAAGAAGAGGGGUCCUAAAACAGUUGAAGCUAAUGGAUCAGAAGAAUUAUGUAAUGCCAAUAGUUGGACAAAUCCUCAAAUUGAUUUCUCUGAUGAAGACUACGUAACUAUUAAUAAUUACAAAAUGUUCAGCAAUUUAGUACGACCUCUGAUUAUUGAAUGUAAUCCUAAGCUGCCAGCAACUAAAGUUGGUAUGUUGUUAGCUGCCAGAUGGAAAGAGUUUAAUGCUUGUGUUAAAGAAAGAAGACCUGCUGGAGCUAGCCCCACAGAAGCAUCUCCACCAAAACCAGCUGCUAAAACUCCUGUAUCUGGUGAUGGUGAUGAGGGAGAUGGUGAUGAAGAUGUGGGUGUGCUGGUGAUGCUGAUGAUGAUUAUGAAGAGGAAGAAGAAGUUACCUCCAAAAAGAAGAAAGGAUGAAGAUGAAAAUGGUGGUUUUAAUACUAGUGAUGAAGAAUUUGAAAGACAACUAGAAGAAGCUGCUUUAUUAAAUGAAGGUGGAGCUGCUGAUGUUCCUAAGAAGAAGAAGAAAGGAAGGGGUCGGGGUAAAAAGAAGAAAAGACAACCUGGGAAAACAGAUGAUCCUGAUGCUGAUGGUUAUGAGACUGAACAUCAAGAUUAUUGUGAAGUUUGUCAACAAGGUGGUGAAAUCAUUUUGUGUGACACGUGUCCCAGAGCAUAUCAUUUGGUUUGUUUAGAACCAGAGUUAGAAGAGGCACCUGAAGGCAAAUGGAGUUGUCCUCAUUGUGAAGAAGCUGGUAAUCAAGAACAAGAAGAAGAUGACCAUGCUGAAUUCUGUCGUGUUUGUAAAGAUGGUGGUGAACUCUUAUGUUGUGAUCAGUGUCCGUCUGCCUACCAUCCAUUCUGUAUUAAUCCACCCAUUAAAAAUAUACCUAAUGGUGAUUGGCAGUGUCCUAGAUGUUCAGCUGAACCAUUAAAAGGGAAAGUACAGAAGAUAUUGACAUGGAGGUGGGUGGAACCAGUUAAAGAAGAUGAUGAAUUAGAUCAUACUCAUGCUGAAGCUGAUAAACUCAAAUCUAAGGCUCAUCCAAGAUUAAGAGAAUUCUUUGUUAAAUGGCAUGACUUGUCUUACUGGCACACGAGUUGGAUUUCAGAACUACAGCUUGAUGUAUACCACCCUGCUACAUAUAGAUGUUAUAUACGUAAGUACGACAUGGAUGAACCUCCACCUUUAGAAGAUGGUAGUUCUUAUGGUGAGAAAAUUAAAGGAGAUGAUCCACAUAAUUUAGAAGAAAGAUUUUAUAGAUAUGGUGUUCGACCUGAAUGGUUAUCAAUACAUCGAAUUAUAAAUCAUAGAAAUGCAAAAAAUGGUAAAUCGUGGUACUUAGUAAAAUGGCGAGAUUUACCCUAUGAUAUGUCCACAUGGGAGGAUGAUGAAUGUGAAGUUGCUGAUUUCGCUAAAGCUGUAGAGGAUUAUUAUGAUUUAAGAGCUGUAAUGUUUGGAGAUAAAAGAUAUGGUAAAAAACCAGGUAAAGGAGCAAGGAAGAAAGAUAUUUCAUCUAAAAUGCCUCCUCCAGGACCUGUCACAGAUCUGAAGAAAAAAUUAGUUCAACAACCACCCUAUCUAGAUCUAACUGGUGGUAAUAUAUAUCCAUAUCAAUUAGAAGGAUUAAAUUGGUUACGUUAUUCAUGGAGUAAUAGUACUGAUACUAUAUUGGCUGAUGAGAUGGGUCUAGGAAAAACUAUACAAACAAUUGUUUUCCUAUAUUCUCUUUAUAAAGAGGGUCACAGUAAAGGUCCAUUCCUGGUAUCCGCUCCCCUAUCAACUAUUAUUAAUUGGGAAAGAGAAUUUGAGUUUUGGGCUCCUGAUUUAUAUGUUGUUACCUAUGUUGGUGAUAAAGAUUGCCGUACUGUUAUCAGAGAACAUGAAUUUUCAUUUGAAGAAGGGGCUAUACGUGGUGGACCAAGAGUGUCUAAAAUGAGAGAAGGAUUUGGUGUCAAGUUUCAUGUAUUACUGACAUCUUAUGAAUUAAUCAGUAUAGAUCAUGCUUUAUUAGGAUCUGUAGAUUGGCAGGUUUUAGUAGUUGAUGAAGCUCAUAGAUUAAAAAAUAAUCAGUCCAAGUUUUUCCGUAUAUUGUCAAACUAUAAGAUUGGUUAUAAAUUAUUAUUAACUGGUACACCAUUACAAAACAAUUUAGAGGAAUUAUUUCAUCUUCUUAAUUUCCUUACUCCUGAAAAUUUCAA